GUCAAGAUGCUAGUCGUUUUCCUCUUGGCAUUCUUGGCAUUGGCAAGUUCAACUCUUCAGAUGAAAAUGACUAGUGCUAAAACGAGUAUGAUUAAAGAUAGCGAGAUUUUGCAAGGCCAGCACUUGAGAGUGUCCGCAUUUCACUAUCCUCCAUUUUUCAUGGUAACUCAAGAAACAGAUGGCAAUGCAACUUACAGCGGGUAUUGUUAUAACAUAAUUGAAUGGAUGGCUCAACAAUAUCAAUUAAGAAUCACUUUCGUGCCCGUCAAUCAAUCGGAGAUUAUAAAAUUCGGAAUAACCCAAGCCAUUAUCAAUCAACUGGUCAAGACAAAAGAAGUAGACAUCGUGCCUAUGGUACUUAUCCCAACGGUAGAACGAACUCGUUCAAUGGAUUUUACAAUCCCUCUGCUGAUUGGCAAUAGUCGUUUGAUGCUUCGCUAUCCCGAGAAAGAGAGUCGCCUAGUCGCUGUUGUACAACCCUUUUCGUUGUUGACUUGGGCGUGUUUGUUUAUAACUUUUGUAGCUAUGAUUGGAACAUUGGCCAUCUUCAGUCGAUAUCAAAAUACUCGCAAUUCCAGCUCAGUGUCAACGUCAUUUUGGGAAAUUCUGGGACGCAAUACGCUUACUACCCUAGGGUGUCUAACUGGACAAGGGUUCUACAUCCCGCAGAAUCUCCGACUCCACAUCCGAAUUCCGAUCGCUCUUUGGUGUUUGGUUGCGGUCGUCAUCUGCAACGCUUAUAGCGGCACUCUGACCUCAUUUCUGACGGUUACCAAAAUGAAACCAAUCAUCAAUUCUCUAGAAGAGCUGGCGAGCAGUGACCACUACAAAUUGACAGCGGAAUACAACAGCGCAUUCAACGACAAAUUUCUGAAGGCUAAAUCUGGCUAUCUCAAAGUCCUUGGUGAUUCUCUACGCCAGAACCCCCAUCUUCUCUUUCGUGAUUACAACGAAGCAAUUGAUAACGUGUUGAAAAAAGAUGCCGUCUACGUGAGAGGUGGUGCUGACAUUUUGAGCAGGAUCUAUGAGGAUAUGACAGCCAAUAAUGGUAAAUGUCGGCUGACUGCUUCGAAACCGUUGGGCGAUGUCCUGUUUUUAUCUUUGGGACUAAAAAAGGGCGAACAUUACAACACUGUUUUCAUGAAAGGGUUGACAAGACUGCGCGAGAGUGGUCUGCUAACUUAUUGGUUCAGUCAAGUUACACCGAAUAUCGACAAGUGCCUGAUUACCAGUAACAACGUGGCCAAGCUCAGCAAUUCAAAGAUUCGCAAGUUCAAUAUAGCUGACACAUCUAGCAUUUUUCUCCUUUUGAUCGCCGGAAUGUUGUCCUCCUUGCUUUGUUUCCUUGGAGAGCUUACGAUCCACUAUCUCAAGAGAUAAGUCCUUGUCUGGAAAUCAAAUCAAUAAUCAGUCCUUUUUA